CGGAAAGCUUGAAAACGCAUCGCGUGUACAUUUGCCUUCUACAAAGUCACAACUUCAUCCAUCAUGACGGCCUCAAAAUGGACUUUUGCCUCCAUCUCGUCAAUAGGCUCCGGCGAGUCGGACCUGCAGAUCCAGUCCGUUCAACAUCAUAUCACCUAUCUCUACGACCUCAAGUCUUCAUGGCACCAAAGAUUUGAAGUUCCAGCUUCCUGGAUUUCAGACGAGGGAAGUUCUGACAAGCACUACAAACAAACGUGGUUUGGGGAUCUCAGCAGAGACAUAGUCCGCCUACAUCUACGCUGCAUUGAAGCGGACCUCCACCCCUUGAGUGACGAAGAACUUACCGAUCGCGCAGGGGUGGUCAAUAACUUGAAUCAUCAUCCUCUACACUUCUCGAUGCCGGUUGAGCGCCACAUAACCCACGAUCGUCCUGACUGGGGGACUGCAUACAACAGCGACCGCCCGCGGCAUCCAACACAUAUGUCGCUACAACAGGUCGCGCAAAUACUGCAAUAUCAGGACUCAGAGGUCCUAGCGGAACAUGCCAUCGCCACAAGUCUUGACGGCAUUACUUCAACCUAUGUGCGCAGAGAAAACUUGUCUUUCCUAGAUCUUUGGCAUGCGGACUCAGGGGUUUCAUCGACUCCGACUCUACCUGAGCUUGUCGACUGUGCGCUGAUGUACUACCCGACGGGGCCUGCAAACUCGAAGUCUAUGGAGCGACUUGCAUACACACCAAUCAGUGCUAUGAAUCCGGCACUUAUGCUUACCAUGAAAGGUCCCACCCGAUGGCCCGGGCCGAGCAACAAUGAUCUGACCGAGCCAACCCCCACGGAACAAGACUUAUCACGGACGCUUCGCAAUCUCGCAUUGACAACGGAGAUGAGUCUGGAUUCUGUUAUCCGAUCAUUUUCCCACUUUCCGAGCCCUCAGGACGCUCUACUACCACCAUCGCACGACUCGAACACUGGCUCAACGGCGUCGGUGCUGUUACCGGCCUGUGCUAUGACGAUGGGCCUCAUCUAUGACUCGGAACAGAUCCACAUCGUGGCGCACAUCCCUUGUGUCACUGACGACAAUAAUCAGUCAUACUUGUCUUUAGUCGUGGACACCCUGCCUUUCCCUUGCCGAUGCAUUGGCGAUGUCCCAGAGUUUAUUCGCGGACGCUAUCGGGUCGCCCUUGCGCUCCUCUCGCUGCAACAACAUGUCGUCCGCCUCGUGACAUUAUUGGAACGCGUCCAAUGGCCCGAGGAUGUUCUAUCGUCGCAUGUGGAGAUCCUGCGACAAUGGUUGGAAGAUAGGUCGGUUGGACUCGAAAUACGUACUGAAUCUUCGCGUGGAAACCCCCAACAAGCUCAAGAAAGCGCAGGAUCGUGGCAAAAAUAUUUUGAGACGAUUAUGCCGAUCGGAUCAAUUGAUAUCCAAGAACCAGCCCGACAGCUGACACAUCGAGACGUAGAAACCUGGCUUCAAGGAUGUCACACAGAACAUCCAGAGCCCGCAAGCCUAGGAGAAGUGGACCAACUGAGCUCGCAACCUAUGCUCGCGAAUGACACGCCCACGUCCCAAGAGGGUGUUCGCGGCCAUUCGCACUCUUCAAUCAGGCCACAAGUCAGCCACGCGAGGUCCCGCUGUAGUAGUGCCUCCGAGUGGCAUGGACCUCAUGCUCCCGACAAUUGUCAUCUCUGUAAGCUUACGGAUGAUGUUGAGCUUGAAAUCCGGAGCCAAUUCAAACUUACUACCAGCAUCCCCGAGAUUGAAUGGGACUUCCGUGGCUUCGGGUGGCGUCCAACGGAGAACACUUCUACACUAUCUAAAUAUUUCUGGGAUGCGGCGACUGGACAUCUAGAGUCGAGUCAUCCAAUGAGCUCUGUCACCACAAUACCCGUCCUGCCUCGAUACCGAAAAGAGAGUGAUACCGGCGUGCAGGAUAACAUAAAGAACGCGGUGCAACUCCUGACAGAGCGUGUCAAGACGAUCCUGCUGUUCCUCAACGGCUGUGUCAUCGGGCAUACUUGGCUAGGACAUUCCAAGUCGCAGUAUCCGGAAUACGUGCCACGACUACUCAUUCGAGUUAACACGACUGAAGAUCAGAUAGGCAGUCUGCUCAGUUUGACCUACCUCUUCACUCCAUCUCAGCAACUUGCUCGGGAAUUGGCUUCCGAAAGGCUCAUCGGAGACGCAGUUCGGAGAAUGUUCAGCCCGCAUGGCCCGUAUUGGUCUGCAAUUUCACGGCCGGUUAAAGGUGCCACGGUGUCCCAUUGCGGCUGCCUGCCUCUAGUGGUGUUUCACCAUGGCGACUCUGAUGGCAGUUAUGCCUCCGUGAUGGCUGCUCGCAAGUGCAUAACUCGUGCAUUGCGUCGAACGAUGACCUUUCUUCUUGUUAAGCAUUACAAGAACCAAGGCUGGAGCCUUGACCGUGACCUUACAGAACAGGAAUGUUCCGUUCAAGUCAACCAGAAGUUUUUUGUCUUGAGCGUGCUCUACACGAGCAACUCAUUCAAAGUCGAUAUCAACUUCCCAGCAAUUGAGUGGAUACAUUCUACUUCGCGGUACCGGUGGUCAUUCAUCAACGCCGGAGUCAUGGAGAUUUCGCAUUGCAGACACCCGUUGGGAAUGAAGGAGUGGCUCUCUAUCUACCAGGCGCUACUGUUCAUCGAGCGACAUGUGCGUUUGUUGCGGAACCAGCUCAAGAUCGAUGCAAAGUAGGAACGUAAUGCAAGAUGUAUUUGUUCGUAUGUAGCCUGUACUCGUCAAUAAGCACGACCGAAG